CUCGACCGCCUCGACCGCGACGAAGGCGAUGCCAGUGCGCCGCCACGCCGGGUGACGGCCCGGCCCACCAAGGCGCAGCUCGAACAGCGCGCGGGCGGCCUCGAAUUCGAGUUUGAAGCCGUGCUCGGGUACCUCGACGCGUCGAUCCGCGGCGACGACGACGUGCGUAUCGUGCGCAAGCAGAUCGUCGGCGCCAUCAACGACACGCACCUCAAGCGCAUUGAUGCGUUGCGCCAAGAGCUCGCCGCCAACUAG